CUCUCGGCUCGUCCUUUUUUACUCGGUGGCAUCUCUCGAUGCGUGUUGAAUUAACUGCUUGUGCAAUUUCCGAAAGAGGGUGGUGGUAACUGUAACAUUGAUACAUGCAUGGUUGGGGAUAUGGAAAAGAUAGCUAUCAAGGGGUGUUCCAUUCAUUUUUGCAUGUUAGCAAAAUGCAGUGGUGGAUGCUUGCAUCCCGUGUUUAUCAUUUGCUUCUUCGCCCUUUCCUUCUCUAGAAGUACUUUCUACCUUUCGCAAAGUCCCCCUCUCCUCAGCCCGCCAGCCAAACUUCAUUAUUAUGCAACCCGCAAUUGGCGGUCCCAUUCUCUCAUUUGCGAUAGUAUCCAAUCCUGAAAAAUACGCCACACCGCAAGAACACACAUCCCCCUCGCCCCAGUAUCUCACUCCCUUUGACCGGUUCUCACGAAGGAUCGGGCACCGUGGUAGCCGUCGGCUCCUCCGUUGCUGCUGAUGACUCGUUCAAAUCGGGGGACCGCGUCAUGUGUGGUAUUCCGCUCGGUCUUUGUGGGGAGGCAUUAUUGUGCACAUAUCGAUGGGCACAUCGGGAUCCAAGUCGACGGGGUGUUUGCCGAGUACGCCGUUGUGGACAGCCGAACGAGCACGGUCAUCCCGGAGGGCGUCUCCUUGUUGGCGGCGGCGCCACUGGGGUGUGCGGGUAGGACGGCGUGGAGGGCGGUCAUGGAGACGGGCUUGCAGCCGGGGCAGUGGUUGGGAAUUGUCGGGUCAGGAGGAGGGUUGGGACACUUGGCGGUGCAAUUUGCGACGAAGAUGGGGUUGAAGGUGGUUGGCAUUGAGGCGAGGGAUGAGGGUCUGGAGUUGACGAGGGAGAUGGGGGCGGAUGUGGUUGUCGAUGCGAGGAAGGGGAAGGAUGAGGUUGUUGAAGAGGUGGGCAAGGCGGUGCUGGGGGAUGAUGGGGAAGAGGUUGACCAUAACGGGUUGUUUGCCACGGGAGGUGUUGAUGCUACUGUCAAUCUGUCUGACGCGGACGAUGCGGCUGGACUGGCGUGUGCAAUUACGAAGAUGCAUGGGUUGAUGGUACAGGUUGCUCAGCCUCUGGAGGUAAAACUUCCGUUUAUGGAGCUGAUAUUGAGAGACGUAAGAAUCAAGGGAAGCUUGCAGUGCUCAGCGGAGGAGAGCGAGGAGCUUCUGCACUUUGUCGCCGAACAUGGAGUCAAGGUAAAGAUGACUCCGUUCUAUGGGUUAGAUCAGGUCGAGGAGUUGGAGAAGGUGGUUUCAAGCGGCAAGCUCCAAGGAAGAGCUGCGAUUAUCGUCGAUCCGCAUCAACUUCAACACGAGAAGGAGAUCAUGAGACAUUCACCGUGGUUUAACGCGAAGACAUGAUUAUUCAUGAGCUCAUCUCGAUGUUGUUUGUCGUCAUGCAUGCCGUUACUCCUUGAUCUCCUGCUUCCGGAAGGUGCCUGUAAUUCGGUUAGACUCUACACUUGAUUUACUUGAGGGUUCACUCCUCCAACCAUACCUGGGAUAUCGGGCAUCCACUU